UGUCAGAUACAGAGAAAAGGAAAGAGGGAGAGAGAGAGCAGCAAAUUUUCUAAACAUACCUCAUGACUUCAUUGUGGUUAAGUGUGGGGACCAGACGGGACUCGUGAGACAUCCAGAUUGGUGCUGAAGUCUUCAGUUGCUGUGUUGAUUUUUUGCAGUUUGGCAAUGGAGUCUUUCUCUCCUGAGACUAAUUCCACUGGCCUACACUGGCAGCCUUGGGAUAAGCCUUCCGUCAUUCUCUCCGUGGUCAUUCUCAGUCUCACUUUUAUAUUGGGAUUGCCAGGCAAUGGCCUGGUGCUGUGGGUGACCAGCCUGAAGAUGCAGCGGACGGUGAACACAGUUUGGUUCCUCCAUCUCACCGUGGCGGAUCUUCUCUGCUGCCUCUCCCUGCCCUUCUCCAUAACUCACUUGUUUCUCCAGGGACACUGGCCCUAUGGCUGGUUCCUGUGCAAGCUCAUCCCCUCCAUCAUCGUCCUCAACAUGUUCGCCAGUGUCUUCCUGCUGACUGCCAUCAGCCUGGACCGCUGUCUGGUGGUCGUCAAGCCAAUCUGGUGCCAGAAUCAUCGCAAUGUGCGGACAGCCCUCGCCAUCUGUGGCUGUAUCUGGGCGCUGGCUUUUGUGAUGUGUAUACCCGUGUUCAUGUAUCGGGAAACGUUCACUGUAGAUGACCACAGUACGUGUCGCUACGAUUAUGAUUAUGGUUUCUCCGGUUUAUUUGAUUAUUCAGAGUUCACGUUUGAUCUAGAUCUACUGGAAAAUGGGUCUCUUGACUAUUCCACGGUUCAGCUGCCUGGAGAAACAGAUCAGAGGUUAGAACCUUCCUCUUCCCUAACAAAUGAUCAUCCUUGGACAGCCAGCACAGUCCUCCAGUCUCAAACAUUUCAAGGACGUUUUGGAGGUUCACUCCCUAAGGAUUCGGCAAGAUUGACUAGUCAACAUCCGUAUUACAAUUCAUUUAAACCUGCUGAUGUGACCUCACCUGCAGUCCCCAGUGGGCUUCCCACAGAAGAUCACAGAAAUAACUCACUGAACAACUCUGACGCUUUUCUCUCUACUGACCUAGGGCUUUUCCCGAGUGCUUCCAGCAAUUCCUUCUAUGAGUCUGAGUUAUCACAGGAUUCCCAGGAUUAUUUAGGCCAAUUCACAUUGGACAAUCAAAUGUUCACACCCCUGGUGGUAAUGACCAUCACUAGACUGGUGGUGGGUUUCCUGCUGCCCUGUGUUAUCAUGGUGGCUUGUUACAGCCUCAUUGUCUUCCGAAUGCGCCAGGGCCGCUUCGCCAAAUCUCAGAGCAAAAUCUUUCGAGUAGCCAUCGUGGUGGUGGCCGUCUUUCUUGUUUGCUGGAUGCCAUAUCACGUGGUAGGCGUCUUGUUACUGUUUUCUGACCAAGAAACUUCCUUUGGGGAGGCGCUGGUGUCCUGGGACCACUUGUCCAUUGCUCUGGCGUCUGCCAAUAGUUGCUUCAAUCCUUUUCUUUAUGCUCUUUUGGGGAAAGAUUUUAGGAAGAAAGCAAGGCAGUCUUUUCAGAACAUUCUGGAGACAGCCUUCAGUGAGACACUCACACACUCCACCAGCUGUCCCCGACACAAAGCCGUUUCAGAAAGAAACAGCAUCAGUACAACCGUGUGA